GUCAACUGUACUAAUAUGGAAAAAGUGAAAGGGGAUUCGGAAAGGGGAGUGUUUGAAACGGUGCCGAAACGAAGGAAAUUGGAUAUUUUAAAAGAAGGUAUUUUACUUGGCUAUGGCAACCCCCUCCUUGACAUUUCAGUCACCGACAAAAACGGCAUCUUGGAAAAGUACAAAUUAAAGGCUAAUGAUGCUAUAUUGGCUGAAGAUGUUCAUAAACCUAUGUAUGAGGAGAUCUCAAAGAACGAGGAUGUGAUUUUUAUUCCAGGGGGAGCCACUCUAAAUGCCUUGCGAGUCGCACAGUGGUUACUUCAAGUACCUCAUGCUACGACAUUCUUCGGCUGCAUUGCCGAUGAUGAGUUCGGCAAGAUUUUAAAAAGAAAGGCUCUUGAGGAGGGUGUCACAGUGCGUUUCCAGAUCACAGACAAAGAAGCAACUGGCACGUGUGCUGUUAUCUGUAAAGGCAGAGACCGGUCUCUCGUAGCCAAUCUAGCGGCCGCUAACUGUUACACGGAAGAUCACUUGAACAAACCAGACAACUGGGCGUUUGUUGAGAAAGCAGAAUAUUUCUACUGUGCAGGUUUCCCCCUGACUGCAUGCCCCAAGGCGAUGCUGCAGAUAGCGAAACACGCCAUGGAGAAAAACAAGCUCUUUACAAUGAACCUGUCCGCACCGUUCCUCUGCUCGUUCUUCAAGGAGGCCAUGCUGGAGAUUCUGCCUUACAUUGACAUAUUGUUUGGAAAUGAGCUGGAAGCUGAUGAGUUUGCUAAGGCAAAUGAAUUGAAUACAACAGAUCGUAAAGACAUUGCCUUAAAAAUAGCUGCUUUGAAGAAAGAGAACAAAAAACGACCACGGAUAGUUGUCAUCACACAGGGAGAUCAGCCUACUUACGUAGCUCAAGAUGGCAAGAUCACUGAGUACCCUGCCACCACUGUUAAACCGGAGAACUUCGUGGAUGCAAAUGGAGCCGGGGAUUCCUUUGUUGGAGGUUUUCUGUCUCAGCUGGUGUUAGGCAAGUCGAUAGACGAGUGUAUCCGAUGUGCUCACUAUGCUGGAAACCUGAAUAUCCAACACUCGGGCUGCACAUUUCCCGACAAGCCGACAUUCGUAUAAACUCAGUCCUAAACAAUCCAACAUGUGAAUGAACUUGGUUCUUGAUAUACUGUUUUAGAGAUAAUCCAACAUUUGAAUAAACUUGGUUCUCAGCACCCUAUUUUAGAAUAAAUAUGGUUUGGAAUAUACCUACAUUUGAAGGACCUGUGACAUCACAUUUUUGUUAUUUUGAAAUAUGGAUUUUUAAAGUUUAGAACUGCAAUUGUGGAAUAUUUAUAGCCAAGCAAGUAUGAUUUACCAACUUGUGAUGGCCUAACGUAAUUAUAGGUUUUUAUUUUAUUAUUAUUGUGACCGUGACAUGCAAGACCUUUAUAAUAAUGACCGACUGUUUAGACAUCACAGGUUAGUCCCUCGGACCCUUCAUUAGAAUAAACUUGGUUCUUGGAAUUUUUAAUAAAUUUGGUUUGGGAUCACUCUACAUUUGAAUAAGGGUAGUUCCAGAAUUGGUUAUCAUGAGACAAUUUUAAUGUAGGCUCACGGUCACCAGCCACACAAUAAAAAUGUAUUUAAACUAAGUAUGCCUGUGGCAGAUAUAGAAAAUCCGUUUAGGGGGGUCCCCAAUGAAACAUUCUUGAAGGGAUUCCUCAGAUAAAAAAAAUAACUCAAAAUUUACUUCGACAGCCACUGUAUGCAGUGAGAUCACACAAUUUUAAUGUAAACUCACCACCCACAAAAUGAGACGAUUGAUUCGUCAGGCAUAAACUGUGCCUUCUGUCUCCCUCAUGCGAAUAAUAUAAUUUCCAGAUAAUCAUUUAUAUAAAUUCACCUCAAGCACUAACUUUAUGUAUAUAACCUUGAUUCUUGAGAAUCCACUGUUUGAACAAGUUGAAUUUAUGCUCUAGUCAAUUUGGUGACAGUGAUUUAAGUCCCAAAACCUAGUUUUUAAACACAAUAGCAUUUUUUUCCCCACUAUUAUAGCCAUUUUUGAUUCUUUAAAUCAGACUUUGCCUAUAUUUAUUGUUUAGAUUAUCCAUUUCUGUACAUCCAGUGUAGUCAUCCUGGAGUUUGUAUUACCACGAAACACAUUUUUAAUAAUUCUAAAAACACACAUACAUUUACCUCCAAGAAGUAACAGUUAGAGAGACGAUCUCUAAGUCUAUUUUUGGAAGUUAUUUCCCCGUUUCAAUGUCAGACUUUUAUUUUACUCUAUUGCAACUUUAUCCCGAUGUGUUACCAGUUUGUCAAUUAACCAAACUGUCUGUUUUCAAGGGUUCAAUCUCUGGUCUGCAAAUUUAACACUACUAGCUAAAGGAAAGAUGAUAUUGUUAGUAGGCCUACACCAGACCUUUUUAAAACUACCACAUCUUGUCAAAAUCAGUGUUAACAUUUGAAUAAUAAAGAGACAAUUGAUGAUGAUUAUCACAGAAGAACACAAAUUUAAUUAAACUAGUUUUUUUUUUAUAUCACAUUUAUUUAGUAAAGCAUGUUAUAAUAAAUCAUCCAGUGAGAUAAGCAAUUGAGAUGUAAUACCUUUUAACUGAAACAGUUUACUCCACUUAAAUUAUACAUACUAACUGUAGCGUUCAUGGCAGUUAUGGAAUUGGUUUUUAGUAAAUUAGAUUGUAAUUGGACAUGUUUUAGAUUCAUGGUUAUUAAAGAAAAGGUAGCACGAGUAUGUCAAGAUGGAUGGUAAGUGGAUGGGUAAUUGAGAAUAGUUUUUGUUUUACUUUACAAGGUACCUUCUAUCAAUCAUGUUAAUUGCAUGCACUGAUGUAAAGUAAAAUGCUACCUCAGACUGGCUAUUAAAUAUCCUUUUGUCUAGACCUUGGACGGCAAGGACAUUAAAAACCAUUUUCUUGUGGGUAUGGGAUCAUUUCAUAGUUUUGUAGUUAAAUGUCAUGAAGUAUUUUAUGAUGAAUAAAGUUUUUAAAAACCAAGUUUAAACUUGUUAUCACUGAUGUUUUUCAUUUGUUAUGACAAAAUGUGUUACUUUUAUUUUUGAAGAUGAAAUAAACAGAUUUACACUUU